AAGUAUUUAGCUAUGUUCUUUCGUUGGGUGCUUUACUUGGCUUGAUUUAUCUCUGUUCAUUCUUUUAUAACCAAAGCAAUCAUGUAUUCUAGAGAUAUUCUUCCAACUUUGGCCAUUGCCACUGGUGCCUUGGCCCAAGAAACAAUAUAUACCUACACCGCCGACACAAUCACAACACUGAACCUGUACAAUGCUAGCAAUACCUCACCAUUCCAAGUCUACAAUGAGUCCUUUACUUCGAUUCUUGGAGACGCGCCAGCCAUCAGCAAUAUCCUAAAUUCUUCCUUCCCUCAAUUCCAUGAAGCCGCCAUCUUUUUCGAUGAAUCAACUCUUUUCGUCACGAGUAAUCAAUUUGCCUCGAAUACCAGUUCUGCUGCUACUAACAACAAGGCCAUUUCCAUCACGCGUUUAGAUAAAUCCGGUGAUUCAUGGUCCGCUACAAUCAUUGAACCAGAAGGAACCCUUACCCUUGCAAACGGAGGAGCAAAAUACAACGAUGGUCUCGUAAUCUGCGACCAAGGAUCCAUGACAGCACCCGGUGGUCUUGUCUUUAUGAAUGCUACAGCUCCCUAUACUACCACAACCAUCAUCAACAACUACUAUGGCGUUGAAUUUAACUCGCCCAAUGAUGUCCACGUGACAAGCGAUGGAGCACUAUGGUUCACAGAUCCAUCAUACGGUUCAUGGCAAGGAAUCCGUCCUCAACCCUUACUUCCACCUCAAGUUUACCGCUACAUGCCAGGUACAAAUGAUAUCCGCGUAGUUGCAGACGGCAUCCAAGAACCCAAUGGUAUCACAUUUAGUCCCGAUGAGAAAACUGCAUACAUUACCGACGGAGCCGGCAACUCCACUGCCCCUACUGCCCCAAGAGCUAUCUAUGCAUACGAUGUCAUCACUCGCGGAGGUGAGCCAGCUCUUGCCAACAAGAGAAUGUUCGCAGUACCACAAGCAGGUCUUCCAGAUGGCAUUAAAACUGAUGAUGCAGGAAAUGUAUAUGCAGGAUGUGGAGAUGGAGUCAAUGUCUGGAACGAGGGAGGUGUUUUGCUCGGCAAAAUUACAGUAGCUGGUGGUUCCGCGAACUUCAUUCUCGGAAAUGAGGGAGAUAAAAUGCAAGUGUGGUUAUUGAACGAGAAAAAACUUUGGCAAGCCAGUUUGGGUUUGGUUAAUGGUGUGGAUGGUGUUGAUUCCGCGAAGAAUGGUACAUACAGGAGAUAAUCUGGGAACUUGUAGGAUUGAGAAUUGCAGGAUUAUGAAGGAAUGAUAGGAUGGUUUGGAAGUGUAAUUAUAUAUAGAAAGUUAGCUGUGGAUACUCGGGUACAGGCUGUAUAUGCUAGGUGGGGAGGUUAAUAUGAACAAAAUACCUACCAAUCCACCAUAUACUUUCCAUGCAUGCAUCUCCUCCAUCCGAUGCAUAAAAUACACACAUACCUGAAUCCACACAUAAAAGAACAUGUAUUCGUGCGGUCCAAAAGCAUACACCCCCGAAGCUAGAUGCACACACCACAAGAUGAUAGAUAAACUGCAAUAGGAAUCCUAAAAUCUCAAUCUUUCUUGGCAGCGGA